GCGGAAGCACGUUCUAAAAGCCUGUGAUCGAUGUAGGGUGAAGAAGACAAAGUGUGACGGAAACCAACCAUGUUAUCGAUGUGCUGUGUAUAACCAUCCGUGCCUGUUCCGGGAGAGGAAGGCAACACAGACCAAGGCAUAUUCCAGAGGGUGAGGAGAACGGUGUCUCAUAUACUUCCGUCUUGAGGGGAAUCAUCUUAGGAGAAAACAACCGGCCGUCAUUGCAAAUAACUUACUCUGUGGCAUUGUAUAGCUUCGUUGAAAUGCUGGAGUCCCACCACGCUCUAGUUGUCAAGGCACUUCAGCAGUUAUAUACACAUUGCAUCAACAACAAGUGUUUUCCAGGCGAACCCAUCGAGCUCGUGGAUGGGUACCCCUUAACCCACGCGAUCUUGGACCGACUUGGCCUUAUCAAGCAAGCCGAGGAGCAGAAUAUUACACAUAACGUAGAAGCCGAGCUGAUGGCAGCUUCGAAGUAUUGGAAAAACGAGUCGUCGGGACCAAAUUCACCGGAACACGACAAUUCCCCCAUCGAGCCAUGCUGUGCGCUUGGCCGGUCCCGGUCCAGCGAUUCGUGCUCGACAUCUACCCCAUCCGAGUCUGACCUAGUGAAAUGCGAGUCUUCACCUACCAGUGGCGCACACGAAGCGUUCCGGGCAUUCGGACGUGAAGAGGCGUUUUGGCCUAUGAACGGCGAAGCUGCCCUCGCACACGUUGCUCCUGAGUAUAACCGGGCUGGACUGGACUCUACCAGCUUCAACAAUGUGUCGGGUAACUACUCUCCCACGCACUCCAGCCACCAAGCGAGUACCAUAGCUUGUAACAGCCUUCCAUCCCCAGUUUCGGUGAACAAUGCAACCAUGACGCCUAGUACCUGUCCGCAGACAGAUCCCCGGAUGAGCUAUCCUGCCGUGACUGCUGUCCAGUACCCAGGGUAUCACCAUCCGUAUUCUGAGGUAGAGCAACAAGCUACCUGGAACACACAGCAGGGAUGGUCGGCAUAAUUUGAUUUGCCCGCUACUCGGACUCAAUAUGACAGGAGAUACUGGUUACCGAUGGUUUACGUGUAUUAGAUUCCGGCAGCUACCCACCUAGAGUGGUUCGAACUCAAGGGUUACACCCCUCAGGAGAGUAUGUAGCUAUGAUACACCUAUCCCAGUUUCCUUCAUGAUUUUUACGCCAGCGAGGAGCAAUCACUUUCUGUCAACCAGUUACUGCCCGAAUUCCGGGGGCCAUCCUGCGCUCUUCGAUAAAUCGUUUCUCUCACGAGGCCAUGAGAUACCCAUAAAACAUUGUUUCAUUAUAACAUUUUACCACUUCCCUACUGCUAUGGAUGUAUACAUUGCGUCGAUUUCGUUGAUCUCUCGAAAACAAUGAGUAAGUACUUAUGUGAGAGGCAGAUUGUACGAUUGUCCUACCAAACAUGUUACAGCCAGUGGCUCUAUCAACAAGCCAGCACUUCGGUACAAGGAACUUCCUCGCCACAUGGCCUAUUAUUGUGUCUGAUUUUGGUUAUUAUUAUCCUUCACUCCUUUGAUUUUCUUGCUUUUU